GCGUCAUUAUGCUUUCCCGAUUUGUUUCUGUUGCGUGUGGGGGCAUUGAUAAGGAGAGUUGCAAUGUCGGGUCGAGGAAAACAGGGCGGCAAAGUGCGGGCUAAGGCAAAGUCUCGUUCUUCUCGUGCUGGUUUGCAGUUCCCGGUGGGCCGCGUUCAUCGGCUUCUGCGGAAAGGUAAUUACGCUGAGCGAGUUGGAGCUGGAGCUCCUGUGUACAUGGCUGCCGUGCUAGAAUAUCUGACUGCUGAAAUUCUGGAGUUGGCUGGUAAUGCUGCUCGAGAUAACAAGAAAACUAGAAUCAUCCCCCGCCACCUGCAGCUGGCUAUUCGUAAUGACGAGGAACUCAACAAGCUGCUGGGGAAAGUCACCAUCGCUCAAGGGGGUGUUCUGCCCAACAUCCAGGCUGUGCUACUGCCCAAGAAAACUGAAAGCCAUAAAGCUAAAAGCAAGUAAAGCCGGUGUAGAAGAAACGAGAAGUCAGAAUUUGCUUAAAAUAACCCAAAGGCUCUUUUCA